AUGACGUUGAGCGGAAUCGAUAAGCAAACACGUGACUCUCCCACUCAGGAAGGCGGAUCAACCACUUUUUCGGUUGCCAAUUCCUCGCCCAUCAUGUCUGACGAAAUUGUCUGGCAGGUCAUCAACCAGCAAUUCUGCUCGUACAAACUCAAAACGACAAAAGACCAAAAUUUCUGUCGCAAUGAAUACAACGUCAGCGGUCUGUGCAACCGCCAGUCCUGCCCACUCGCCAACUCGCGGUAUGCGACGGUGCGAAGCGAUCCCGAAACGGGCGUCAUGUACCUGUACAUGAAGACCGUCGAGCGAGCCCACAUGCCGAGCAAAUGGUGGGAGCGUGUGCGCUUAUCUUCCAACUACGCCAAGGCCCUCGAGCAAGUCGAUGAGCGCCUUAUCUACUGGCCCAAGUUCUUGACCCACAAGUGCAAGCAGCGUCUCACCCGCCUGACGCAGGUCAACAUCCGCAUGAAGAACAUUGCCAAGGAGGACGAGCGUCUCGGAGAGAAGGUUGUGCCCAAGCUGGCACCGAAGAUCCGCCGUCGUGAGGAGACUCGUGAACGUAAGGCCGAGUCUGCCGCUAAGGUCGAGAGAGCCAUUGAGCGUGAGCUUAUUGAGCGUCUGCGCAGCGGUGCUUACGGUGACCGGCCACUCAAUGUCGAGGAGGGUAUCUGGAAGAAGGUUCUCCGUGGACUUGAGCGUGCUGGUGAUGGUGAGCGUGAUGUGGACAUGGAUGACGGCGAGGAAAUUGAGGAGGAGGAAGAGGGUGUUGGUGAGGUUGAGUACGUCAGCGAUCUCGAUGAGGAGGAGGACCUCGAGGAUAUGGAGGACUGGCUGGGUGUCGACUCGGCUGAUUCCAGUGAUUACGAUGACGAUGAGAGUGACGAUGAUGACAGCGAGGACGACGAGGAGGCUAGCGAGGAUGAGAAGAAGCCCAAGCCCAGUGCCAAGCGGAAGCAUGUUGCUCCCCAGACGAAGCCUCGCAAGAAGGGUCCUCGCAUCGAGAUCGAAUACGAGACCGAGGGUGCUGGAAAGGACCAGGUCAUGGCAUGA